AUGUCACUAUAUCGAACAACUGGAUCUACAGGUACAACUACAGCUAUGGCUACUGAUAAAGAUUUGGUAAAUGACAUAACGAUCAACAAUCCAGCCAACGACUCUAUCUCAGACAUUGCAUUCUCUCCACAACAGGAUUUUCUUUUUAGUGUGGCUUCAUGGGAUAACACAGUUCGAAUUUGGGAUGUACAAAAUGGUAUGACACAAGGUCGUGCGCAGUAUGAGCAUCAAGCACCCGUGUUGACAACGAGAUGGUCUUCAGAUGGCACGAAGAUUGCAUCGGGAGGCUGUGACAAUGUGGUGAAGAUAUAUGACGUUGCAAGUGGACAGACUCAACAAAUCGGUAGCCAUGAUGCUCCAGUAAAGUUGCUGCGGUUUGUACAGUGCGGGCCCUCAAACCAAGAAUGCAUUGUUACUGGUUCGUGGGAUAAAACCAUCAAAUACUGGGACAUGAGACAGUCUCAGCCCAUUUCCACGGUAGCUAUGCCAGAACGUGUCUAUGCCAUGGAUAGCAGACAAAAACUGCUGGUUAUAGGUACUGCGGAACGCCACAUAAUUAUCGUAGAUCUAAACAACCCAGGCCAGAUCUUUAGAACCUCUAUGUCUCCUUUGAAAUGGCAAACACGUACUAUCGCCUGCUAUAUCGAGGGUAACGGCUUUGCCAUUGGCUCCAUCGAAGGCAGAUGCGCAAUCCAAUACGUUGACGAACAGGAACAACGUAAAAGCGGCUUCUCUUUCAAAUGUCACAGACAACAACAACAAGCGACGGCAACCACAGGCACCCGUGCGUCCACCGAGUCACAUGUAUACCCCGUCAACAGCAUAGUUUUCCACCCGCAAUACGGUACCUUUGCUACCGCAGGUGGCGACGGCUCCUUCCAUUUCUGGGACAAAAAUCAGAGACAUCGUCUCAAAGGCUUUCCUCCGAUGAACUCCUCCAUCCCUGUUUGCAAUUUCAACAGAAAUGGCUCUGUCUUUGCAUAUGCCCUCAGCUACGACUGGCACCAAGGCCAUAUGGCUAAUAGAUCCGAUUAUCCAAACGUUAUAAGACUUCAUGCCACUACAGAUGACGAAGUAAAGGAGAAAAAGAAACGCUGA